GGAGGGCUCCGGAGAAGAAACGGAAAAAAAUUGAGGAGAAAAAUUCAAAAUGAGCAACGCCGACCUAAGUGAGCAAGAGAGAAUCCUGCAGGAAUUCCAUGCUGGAACAGUUUUCCUUUCAGGAAACAAGGAAUGGCUGGUGGGGAAGAAUUUCUUCGUCGUGAAAUCCACGGUGGAGAGGAUUGUGAAAUGGGCUUAUGAGUCCAGCACUGGCUUGUAUCCCUCGGACCCCGUUCCGGUGGGCAGCUACAAUGAAGGGCUGCACCUUCAAAGGGAGGGCGCUUCCAACGACUUUGACUUCCUCAUCCCAAUACGGUAUAACUCCAAGUUGGCGCUCCGGAGCAGUAUCGUCCCCGUUAAUUCCUCCAGCCGCCCCACCCACCGGCUCCCUACCUACAUCUUCCGCAACAAGGGAAUCCGUGAUCUUCCUGACAAAGGGCUGCCGGUUUUUUGCCAGGGCACCAAAAUGUUUGUGGAUAUUGAGGACCUUGCAGAGACAGAUGUGAAGAUUUAUUGUAAUAAGCCAAAAUCAAAGUUGGAGGAAGAUGAGGAAGAGGAUGAUGACCCUGCGUCUUAUAAGUUAGAAAUGUGCGAGGAGAGUCUCAGCCAUCAUAAUCUGGAUCCAGAGCGAAUCCUGAAGGACUUUCAUCAGUACGUAGGGAUCGCCUUGAAUCCAGAGUACACUCACCCUCGACAAAACGAUCCUGCUUUCAAACUUCGAAUGUUGCCUUCCCGAGUCCCGAGAAUACCUAACAACAUAAGAGAGAACAUCCAAUUAAAGACCUUGGAUAUAAGUGGUCCAGCCAUCCAAUUGGUUUUCAAGGAAGGGAAUGAAACUAUCCUGGUGAAGCUGGUGCCAGCCAUUCAGAAGGCAAUAGAGUUCUCCAACGAAUGGAUGAGGGAAGAUCUCACCCACCUUUCUGACUGGUGGGACAGUGACCUCACCAAUGAAAAGAAGAGCUUCCUCCGGAAGGUCCAAGCCCUUAAGGAAGUGGGGCUAGAGCUCAUCCCAAAGGGGGGAUUCUGGAGGCUGUCUUUCAGCUGUGCUGAGGAGCUGAUCCUUAAAGAAGUCGAUGCUGAUGGAGGGCAGAGACGGGCAGCUUUACGACUGCUCAAGUUUGGACCCUGGAGUACAGCAAAAUCUUGAGUUCCUACCAUCUUAAGACCCUUUUGCUGUGGAGCUGUGAGAUCCAUCCCCGCAAAGAGGCCUGGGAGACUUUGCUGUCCUCUCUGAAGACCCUCCUGGGGCUGCUGAAACACACCCUGGCCCAGACACGCCUCCCUCACUACUUCCCGAAGCCUCUCAAUCUCUUCAACAAAAGCUACAAUACCAGCAAUGCAGUGGUGGGUUUCAAAUUUGUUUAGAACCUAUUCUGUGGGUGUGGCC